AUGAUCUGCUCGACGCUCAUGUCGUCCUGGUGCAUGGCCGUGCUUGGCAGUCUGCUGCGCUGGUCGUGGGCUUCGGACUGGGCGGUGGCGCUCGUCGUCGUUAUUUAUUGUUUCAGCUAUCAAGUGGGACCAAAUAGCCUACCGUUCGUGUUGACAUCGGAAACUUUCGGCCCCCAGGCUAGAGGUGUGGCAUCUCAAGUGGUAGUGACAUCGAUGUUCUUAUCAAAUUUUCUACUGUUGAUACUUUUCGGACCUGUCGAAGAUCAGAUAGGCUUAGACGGAACAUUCUUCCUCUUUUCCAUCAUUGGAUUUGUCACAGCGAUAUUUACAUAUUUCACAAUGAAGGAAACCAAAGGGAUACCGUUGGACGAAAUUCAAAAAAUGUAUGAGAAAGGAUUUUUGUAUCGUGAAAAAUAA